UUGCGUGUGCGCGCGCGUACAACAAUCAUGAGUGAAUCAUCCAAAAAGAUGUGGAGACAGACGAUUUAUCCGACGAGGGAUAGUUCUUAUUCUUACUUUGACACGACUUCUUUUCUCAUUAUUACAUCCUUUUUCCUGACUACCGUUUGGAUACUAAAGAAGGCCAAAGCACUUUAUAAAGAAAGAACAAGAAUGAUCAAGUUGGCUGCGAAAUUGCCAGGACCACCGACUCUCCCGAUUCUCGGGAAUGCUUUACAGUUUGCCUGUAAACCUGAGGAAACUUUGAAUAAAAUCCUGGAAAACGUGAAUAAUUAUGAUUCACCAAUGCGUUUCUGGUUGGGUCCAAAAUUAUUUAUAAUUCUCACGGAACCACAAGAUUACGAGGUGAUCCUUGGAUGCCAGAAAGCGAGUUACAAAGAUCCGGUUUACCGAUUUAUGGAGCCAUUCGUUGGUCAAGGUCUUGUUAGCGGAUCAGGUCCAAUGCACAGAACCCAUCGAAGAGUUAUAAUGCCAAUGUUAAACAACAAAGUGCUGAACGAGUACGUUGCACACUUCGAUGCUCAGAGUCGAAUCUGUACCGAUUUGUUGAAUGAAAAAGUCGGAUGCGAAGCCUUCGACAUUCAACCGUUUUUGAUACAUUGCACUUUCGACAUUAUUUUCGAUACUAUCUUAGGAUUACCUGGCAUCUCGCAGAAGGAAGGGCACAAAGAAUUAGUUUACUGGACCGAACAGAUGUACGAGUUGAUCCACCUGCGAAUGAUGAAAGUUUGGCUGCACCCCGACUGGAUUUUUUACCGCACGGCUUUGGCCAAGAGGCAACACGAAGGGCAGAAAGUUAUUCACGGCUUCAUCGAAAGUGCAGUCGCUCGUAAGAAAAAAGAACAUUACGCUUUGGAAAGAGGAGCGAUCGCGUCAGACAGACCGAGACUCAUGCUACUCGAGCAGAUAAUCGAUUAUGCGCUGAAAAACGAUUUCUUGACCGACGACCAGAUCAGAGAUCACAUUUACACGCUGUUCACAGCGGCCCAAGACACAACGGCGGUUAUAAGUUCCUUCGCCCUCUUGAAUCUAGCGAUGAACCAAGAGAUCCAGGAUAAACUUCGAGAGGAGAUUAAGAAAGUCAUUGGCGAUGAGAAUGUCAGGAUCGAGCAUCUGCCUGAAUUGAAAUACAUGGAAAUGGUUAUCAAAGAAACCUUGCGGCUUUACCCAAUCGCACCGAUGAUGGUUCGUCAAGUGACGGGUGACAUCGAUUUAGAAACAUGCACGUUACCGAAGGGUUGCUCGAUAGUAAUGGUACCAUUCGCAACUCACAGAAGCGAGAAAUUCUGGAUGGAUCCAGAGAAGUUCAUUCCCGAGAGAUUUCUACCGGAAAAUUCGAAUACAAGGCACCCCUACGCCUACAUUCCGUUCAGUGGUGGCCUUCGUGGCUGCAUUGGCCAAAAAUACGCAAUCAUGGCUUUGAAAACAAUACUGGCUCACGUAGUUCGAAGAUUUCGAUUGACAACGAUGCAGAAACUGGAAACUCUCCGUUUGAAAACAGAUAUUUCCAUCCGUUCGAGAGACGGUUACAUGGUUACGAUUCAUAAGAUUUAAUGUAAAUAUAUUUAUUUCGUGCUUAAUGAAUUGUAUCAAACGUAAAAAUAAUAGUCUGAAUGAACUGCACGAGGAUAUGAUGUGAUAUUGACAAUAAAUAAUGUUCAUUAUUAUCGUUCUUUCGAAGUUUUACAAUAGAAUAGAUGUUAUACUUAUAUAAUUAUGUCAGCCAAACAUUACUAAACUAUCAUUUCUUUACGUACACAUAGAAAAAAUUUUCCUGACGUUGUACUUAUACAUUUUCACAUAAUACGUAUUAUGCGUAAUCUUAAAAUUCUAUGUAAAUUUUGGAAUUAUGUCGAAUUUGACUAAAUUUUAUACAAAACUUUGCAUCAUUAUUGGCAAAAUUUUAUGCAUAAAACCAAGUGCACGCGUGUUGUUUACGGUGGUUCGAACGAUUAAAUAAUUUUAUAUGUAUUAUUUUGCCAAAUUAGAUAUAAUAUUCAAGCUUAUAUAUUUUAAUAUAUUAUGCGUAAUAUUAUAUAAAAAUGUACACAAUCGUAAUAUAAAAGAAAUGUGAUGCCUAGUAUUGUGCACAAUAUAAUGUAGAAUCGUGUGAAGUAAGCAUUAGCAGAAAUAAUUUGUCUAAUUUUUCGUAUAGCUAUGAAGAGCGUCUCGUCGUUGACAGUCCUAAACGGGUGACAAAUAAAGAAAAAGUGAGCUCCAAUUAGGCGGAACUUGAAUAAUUGACAUUUUAUCCGCCAACCUUGCAAUACAGCUUGUAGCA